AUGCAGCUAACCGAGGCGCGCGCGUCUAAAGUUGUACAAGGUCUGGGGCUAGGUAUGGGCUUAAACUCGGAGCUCUCGCCGAGCGGAUAUGACGGCUAUCAAUUAUUUGGCGAAAACGAAUCGGCUGCGCCCACGACCCCCCCCCCCCCCCCCGCCCCUCCGCCGCCCCCCAAUGCUCGUUUCCGUGCGGCCGCCGACGCGUCUCCGUCCACUUCCCGGCGUGUUCCUGUUCCCCUUUCCUUUUCUAGCGCAUCGCGUGACAUUUGUUUAGCUGCAAUUAAUCGUAUCGAGGGCGUGUUCGUCCAACCGAGCUCUGAAACGCAACGUUGUCGGAAUGAGGCGGCCCUCGGCGAUCACACGGACACGCGUCGCUUUAUCUGCGCUGAUGUAUGCCGUCACAAGGGACUACACUUAGGGAACAAAGGGCGGCGCCCGCACUCGCCGCGCCGGAUCAAUAACAGCGGGGACAAGACGCGCUCGCCUUUUUUUUGUUGGUCCACCGACACCGUAGCGCCACUUGAGUGUUUGUUUGCUUGUUCGGUGUCCGAGAGGGCCAUAAUCACCUCGCCUUCGAGUGAUCGUACCUUUUCAAUAGAACGUCGUUCCCGAUCAACGGGAAGGCAAAAAGUGACGCAUUGUCGCAGCGGGCCUAUUGAGCCGUCCGUGACAGGGCGGUCGCCGGCUAAUUGUCCGCCGAAGGGGGAUGCGAAUAGGCGGCGACGCGACGGUGCAAAGGCGUCGGCGCGUAUUGCAAAUUGCGACACGGAAUGGGCAGGUUAUCAGUUGUUUAGGAGGCGCGUAUCGGUGCCGGGAUCGCGUCGUGACUCAGCCGUCGCCGGAAGGAGCGGGCCACUAACUCAGCGGCGCGAGAUGCGGCUCCAGAUAAGGCGGUGCCCGGAACAGCCCGCCGCGGGCAGG